UGCCCUAUAACAGGGUUACAUGUGUCUCCAUCCCAAUUAUUAUUUAGUCGUCGGCUUAGAACAAAAAUACCAACACACACUAAACUAUUAACUCCAAAGGUGCAAGAAAAUGUGAGUGUAGAGUUAGAAAAUAGGCAAAAUAAAUAUAAGCAUUAUUAUGAUCGCACGGCACAACCUAGAAAAGAAUUUAAUAAAGGAGAUUCAGUUACCAUAUGUAAAAAUAGAGUCUGGGAGCCAGCAACUAUUAUCAAAAAGCAUGAUGCACCCAGAUCCUAUUUAGUUAGGGAUAGUGAGGGUAGUAUUCUUCGAAGAAAUUCUAUACUUCGUUCACCCAACAGAAAUAGUUAAGCCCCUCCUCAACAAUUACCGCCACAUUUGAAUACGACAUUGUUAUUGGUGUAAUUUUUGAAGCCACAAUCACACUUGUAAAGCGAAUUGGCCGAAUUGGGUAAUCUGUCAUCUUGCCUAUUGCGUUUCUGCCGGUUUUUACGUUUUUACAUCUUUACUUGCGUCAAUUUGCCAUUAAUCUCCUUUAUUCACACAAAAUAGUCUUUAUAAAGACUCGUCGGUGUAUUCUAAAGAUAGUCAGGGUUAUAUUAUUCGCGAUCAAGAAAAGUUGUACGCAAACAUGAAUGUCGCCGGUGCUGCUUUCUCUCCACCGAAAAAACGUUCUGCCAAGCACUUUUCAGUUGAAGACAAAACUGGCAUUUUAAAUAUCUUCAAGGCAUAUUCGGAAGACAACCCGGAGGUAUCUAAAACGGAUAAAGUUGAGUUUACGGCUAAAGCAGCAGGUAAUUUUCAUCUUAGGCACAUUCAUUUUUACUUAUUAUUGUGUAAUUUAGGUGUAAGCAUUCCGAGUGUCUACAAGAUUCUUCGGGAGUAUACAGAGGUACACGAACUUCAUUCACCUAAAAAAUAUUAUCGACCACGAGCAAUUUUGGACAAUAUUGAUUCCGGAACUAAAAGUAUUCUUCGACGUUUGCUUCAUUCUUUCUUUGAAAGAAAUGAACCACCUACCCUGAGUAAAGUUUUGGCAGUGUUACACGAAGACGAAGACUUACCCCAUUUGAAACGAACUACUUUAUGGAAAUUAAUAAAAGAAAUAGGUUUUCGAUUCGAAAAGAGGUCACGCAAUAGUGUUCUUAAGGAAAAGGACGAAAUAAUUACUUGGAAGCGUCGGUUCUUGCGUGAAAUUAGAAAAUAUCGUGAAGAAGGUAGGAAGUUGUAUUUCCUAGAUGAAACUUGGGUGAAUGCUGGGCAUACUGUAAGCAAAGUAUGGAAGGACACCACAAUUCUCACUCCAAGACAGGCAUUUAUCAACGGGCUAUCAACUGGAUUGAAAGAUGCAUCGGGCAAAGGAAAUUGUUCUCCAUAUAGGGUCCGAGGAUGGCUUCGUCGAGGAAGGUUUGCUGUGUUUUGAAUCGAAAAAAACAGGGGAUUAUCACGAAGAAAUGACCAGUGAAGUUUUUGAAAAGUGGUUUAUGGAAAUCGUUACACAUCUUGAUGAACAAUCUGUGAUUAUAAUGGACAACGCUUCAUAUCAUAGCAGGAAAAGUGAAAAAAUACCAAACACCAGUACGAAAAAAGCUGAUAUACAAACUUGGUUAACAAGCAAAUCGAUACCUUACGAAGAAGAUAUGGUAAGAGCUGAACUUCUACAGCUUGUGAAACGGGCAGCUGUUACACCAAAAUAUGUAGUUGAUGAAAUUGCAAAGGAACACAAUCGUACCGUGCUGCGAUUGCCUCCAUAUCACUGCGAAUUGAAUCCAAUUGAACUGAUAUGGGCGCAAAUAAAAGGUGAAGUGGCCAGAAACAACACCACAUUUAAAAUGAAAGACCUUCAUCCACUAUUUCAACAAGCAGUGGAACAUGUUACUGCUGAAAAUUGGAAGAACGCAAUUCGCCAUGCUCAAAGUGAAGAGGAAAAAAAUGUGGCAAAUUGACAUUUUAAUGGACAUCGUAGUGGAGCCAUUAGUAAUUCAUGUGGGAGAUGACUCGACAUCAACGGAGUCCGAAUCCGAGUGAAGCGAUACAGGAUUUAAAUUGUUAUGUACCUUUGUUUAUAUUCAC